AUGGCUCCGCCGCGCCGCCGGACCUAGCGCCGGGCAGCCCGCGGGAGACUGCGCCCGCCGCGCCGAGGGCUCCCACUAUCUCCGUCCCGCUUCUCCCCGCUUAGGUGCCCCGCCGCCCGGCCCCGGAGCCCGCCGGUCCCCGGCCGAGGAUGCCGUCCGCCGCCGCUCGCUCCGGUUCAUCUGUUGCUGCCUGACCGCGCCGCCAGCCCGAUGGAUGCGGCCGCCCCCGCGCCCUGCCCGCCCGCAGCCGCCCCGCUGGCUACCGAGCCGGGAACCGCUCCGGAGCUCCGCGGCUGGUAAAAACCAAACCAAAACCAAAUCCGAACCAAAAAACAUCCCCCUGCUUCGGCCCGGACUGGAGAGGCGGCCGAGGACCAUGCAGCGUGUCCCCCGGCUCGGCGCUCCCGGCACGGCGCCGGGCACAGCCGCCUCCUAAAGCCGCCGGACCCGGGGCUCCCCCGGACUCGGGGCUCCCCCCGCCAGGACCCGCGCAUCGAGCGGCUCCUCCUUCCCUUCUCCCCUCCAGCUGGGCAGGGAGCCCGCCUUCGCACUCCUCUCCCUCUUGAGAUUUUGGGGUUUUUGUUGUGUGUUUGGGUUUAUUUUUUUUUUUUUUUUUUGGGUGGAAACCGCCCGUAACUCCGGGGGGGGCUGUGGGGUGGCAGCGGGGAGGCGACCAUGGAAGAAAAGCUCCAGGCGCAUCAGGUGGAGAUCGACCCGGAUUUCGAGCCGCAGAGCCGUCCCCGCUCCUGCACUUGGCCUCUCCCCCACCCCGACUUGGCGGCGGAGGAGGAAGAUGGGGGCGCGGGGGGAACCCCGGCGCUGGCGGCCGGCGGGGACGGAGCCGAGAACGCGGCGGCCCCGGUGGAGCGCAGAGUCGCCGCCGCUCCCCCGCCGCCCCCCGGCGCGGAUGUGGGGCAGCUCCGCAAGGCCAAGACCUCCCGGCGCAACGCCUGGGGCAACCUCUCCUACGCCGACCUCAUCACCAAAGCCAUCGAGAGCUCGCCGGAGAAGCGCCUCACCCUCUCCCAGAUCUACGACUGGAUGGUGCGAUACGUCCCCUACUUUAAGGAUAAAGGAGACAGCAACAGCUCCGCCGGCUGGAAGAACUCCAUCCGGCACAACCUGUCGCUGCACACCCGCUUCAUCCGCGUGCAGAACGAGGGCACCGGGAAGAGCUCCUGGUGGAUGCUGAACCCCGAGGGCGGCAAGACGGGCAAGACGCCGCGGCGGCGGGCGGUGUCCAUGGACAACAACAGCAAGUUCCUGCGCAUCAAGGGCAAGGCCAGCAAGAAGAAGCAGCUGCAGGUGACGCAGGAGCGCGGGGAGGACAGCCCGUCCUCCCAGCAAGCCAAGUGGUCGGAGAGCCCCGCGUCCCACGCCAGCGAUGAGUACGACGCCUGGGCGGACUUCCGGACGCGGGCCAACUCCACGGCCAGCACGCUGAGCGGGCGCCUCUCGCCCAUCAUGGCCAACCACGAGCCGGACGAGCUGGAGGAGGACGAUGGUACCCCCUCGUCCCCGCUGAUGUACCCCAGCCCCUCCAGCACCAUGUCUCCGUCCCUCAGCGCCCGCUGCUCCGUGGAGCUGCCCCGGCUGACCGACCUGACCGGCACCAUCAGCCUGAACGAGAGCCUGGGGGAGAGCAUGCUGGAGGACCUGCAGGACGGCUACAGCAUGAGCCCCUCCCAGCAGCUCCCCCCGGCCGCCCUGCGGCAGCGGAGCUCCAGUUUCACCUUCAACUCCAAGUGCUCCAGCAUGGGGGCCGCCUCCAACACCUACUGCGGGACCAUCUACAGCCAGCCGGCCAUGAGCCUCAUGCGCCGCCUGCCCAUGCAGACCAUCCAGGAGAACAAGCAGGCCACCUUCUCGCCCGCCAGCUCCUACAGGAACGCCUCGCUGCAGGACCUGCUCUCCUCCAUCUCCUACGCGCACAAGGAGAGCAUGGUCCCGGGGGAGCUGCCCCUGCCGCAGGCCAGCCCCAUGGUGCCGGCCCGUGGCCACAGACACAACCCGCUGCUGUGCGGGGGCGGGGAGCAGGGCUUGUCCUCCUACCCGCCCCACCCGGGCUCUCUCGUGAAGAGCAACGCGUUGUACCACCCGUCACCAGCCGGUCACCACCCUGCGGUCAACACCAGUGCCUUAGCCAAUCCUGUCAGCCUUAUGAGCCUGCCCAGUGACUCGUGCAGCAUGACGGCCGUGCCGCACCACGGGCACCUGCAUUCCUACGCUAAUAACCAAGGGGCACACAUGAGCUUGCUGGAUUCGCUGCAGGGCCCCUACCCGGGGGCCGUCCACCCCCCCGUGUUGGGCCAAGACAGGUUCCCAGCAGACCUGGACCUGGACAUGUUCAACGGGAGCCUGGAGUGCGACGUGGAGUCCAUCAUCCUGAAUGACUUUAUGGACAGCGAUGAGAUGGACUUCAACUUCGACUCGGCCCUCCCGCCGCAGAACGGGCUGAACGUGCCCGCGCUGCCCGGGGGGCCGCAGCCCACGAACCAGAGCUGGGUGCCCGGGUGACGCCUGCCCCGGCACGGGCUCACCACCGGGAAGCCACGAGGGGAACAUUGAGACUAACUUUUUUUUUUCCUUUCUCUUCUGCCUUUGUUUGUUAAGAUGGGCGAGAGCCAUCGGUCUGAGCUUGAGGUCGAACACGAAACACAAACCGGAGGGUCAAAUAUUGAGACGGGGGAGGACCCCCCCAGCCCCACGUGUGCCCGGUCUGCAGGUCCUGCCAGCAUCCUCUGGAGGACACAGGGCAGGUGGGUGGGAGAGGCAGCCGGAGCCAGGCAGAUCCAGGGGGGUAGCAGGCAGGGAAAGCCUUUCCAGACGGUCCCAGUGCCCCAUGGCAGUGGUGCCAGUUUGAUUCGCCCUUGGGCUGGGUGACAGAGUGGUGACGGCUGGUGGCGUGGGACCCUCCCCACGUGGGCAUUCCCCCUGGCAGGGGACUCUCCUCUGAGCCACCUUGGGAUUGAGUCCUCUGGGUAGAAGUGUCAGGAGCUGGGACCCUGCCCCAAGGCAAGGGGGGCUCGUGACCCCUCAGUCCUGGUGGAGACGGGAGCUCUGCUGAGCCCACACCCCCAGGCCACCUCCACUGCAGGUGUCCCCGUGUGGCUGCAGGCAGGUUUUCUUACUCAGCAGCAAGAAGGGGGCGGUGAUGGUGAGCAGCCAGCAGCCCUGGGAGCAGCAUCUCGGCAGCCCCCGGGGCCUGAGGGUGCCAGGGACGGCUGCAGCCCCUGCCCGGAGCAGGCUGGGCGUGCUCCAGGGGGGUCCUGCUGGGAGUGAGGGUCCCCUGAGCUGGAGGCUCAGGGGCAGCUCGCGGGGGCGGGGAGGGGGGCGUAUUUAUUUGAUUUCAUGCACUCUUUUGCCAUUGAGUUUUUGCGUUGGAAGGAAGAAAGGGGCGAGCUUAGGGAGAGGGGAGAGAGAGGCCACGGGCAGUGCUGGUGGCUGUGUCCCAUCACGUGGCUCAUCUUGGCCAUGGUGGGGUGAAAACUGGGGGGCUGUGAUGUGGGUCAUCCUCGA